CAUUUUAAACUUUUAAGAUGUAGUGGAAAUAAAAAUACUGCCAGCCCGGACCAUCUGAGUUGAACGCCUGGCUAUGUUGGGGGUUUGUGUUACUAAGUGUCUAUUUGUAAUGUAGUGUCAUGUGUACUGUCAUUUGUCAGGGUUUUUCUCCUUUAUAUCAUAAUUCUGUAUGUCGGUUUUUUCAAAUAAGGUUUUUGUUGUACAAUUUGUACUUUCUUCAUUUUUUCAGAAAGUGCAAUUUCAAUGAUAACUGCUCUCUUUACUGUGUUUUAGCAAAGCUAAAAUUAACCUUUAGCAACAAAACCUUGAACUUUACAUAACUGUAAAUGUUCUAUUGCGCGCUGCACUCACUUAAAUAUAAUAUUCCUUUAUCAGUUCUUCCACUGAUUAAACUGUUGUAUAUAAAGCCGACUGCGAAAUUUGUUUAUAACUUGUCACCUCUUGAUUUCAACAUGAUAACCCUUUACUUGGUGUAUUUCAGCAUAUGUGUGUUUCAGUCGGCAAUUGGUUUAAAUGAAAGGUAUAUUUACCCACAAACAGGCACGGUUUCUGCAGAAAAAGUGCACGAAUUGCCAAAAAGAUUCAUCUUGGGUAGACACGCCAAACGUCUUCUUGAUCUGCCAAAAAGAUUCAUCUUGGGUAGACACGCCAAACGUCUUCUUGAUUUUGAAAACUAAGCUGACAUGUUGACACAUUUGUCAUCACACCAAAUCGUUAUGAAUUUUAUGUUUAUAUUAAUUCUUGGACACAUUGCAAAAAAGUCCACAUGGUGUAACUGUUUCUAUCAGUAUCUUUUGAACCAUUAAAAUUUUGUAUAUACUA